AUGGAGUCUACAGAGUCUCCCAGUGUACCCUCUGCGGGGGAAACACCUACGAAAUCCACAGCAUCCUCGGCGAGCCAACUGCGCCAACCAAAGAAACGCUUCGUGGGUAGACGAACCGCCGAUGCCCAAGCCCAAAAGGACCCAUCUAGUCAAGAUGUCGAGUCCACAGCGGUGCAAAAAGCCGCACCGCGACGCACACCCCGCACCCUCAACCAAGUACCGCCAGAGAUCCUGAACGACCCCGAAAUUCAAGCCGCUAUCGAGCUUCUACCCCCGAACUACUCGUUCGAGAUCCCCAAAACAAUCCACCGGGUCCGCUCAUCAGGCGCCAAGCGAGUGGCGCUCCAAUUCCCCGAGGGCCUGCUCAUCUUCGCGACGACCAUCUCGGACAUCCUCACUCAAUUCUGUCCGGGAAUUGAGACACUGAUCAUGGGCGAUGUCACCUACGGCGCUUGCUGCAUCGACGACUACACAGCCCGCGCCCUGGGGUGCGACCUGCUGGUUCAUUAUGCGCACAGCUGUCUCAUUCCCGUAGACGUAACCAAGAUCAAGACACUGUACAUCUUUGUUGAUAUCAGCAUCGACACCGGCCACUUGCUCGCAACACUCGAGCGCAACUUCCGGCCCGGCCAGACCGUCGCCACCGUCGGCACAAUCCAGUUCAACGCGACGCUGCACGGGCUCAAGCCCGUUCUCGAGCGCGCCGGCUUCGGCGUCGUCAUCCCACAAAUCACGCCACUGUCCAAGGGCGAGAUCCUGGGCUGCACGUCGCCGCAGCUCCCGGACAAGGAAAUCGACGCUAUCCUGUACCUGGGCGACGGCCGCUUCCACCUCGAGUCCGCCAUGAUCCACAACCCUUCUAUCCCCGCCUACCGCUACGACCCUUACUCGCGCACGCUGACGCGCGAGUCCUAUGCCCACGACGAGAUGCACUCGCUCCGCCGCGAUGCCAUCGCCGCCGCCCAGUCCGCCCGUAAAUGGGGCAUCAUCCUCGGCUCGCUCGGCCGCCAGGGCAACCCGCACACCAUGGCCAUGAUCGAGCGCCACCUGCACGAUCGUGGCAUCCCCGUCGUAAACUUGCUGCUAAGCGAGAUCUUCCCUGGCAAGCUGGCUGCCAUGGCUGAUGUCGAGUGCUGGGUGCAGAUUGCCUGCCCGCGUCUCAGCAUCGACUGGGGCUAUGCGUUCCCUCGGCCUCUGCUGACCCCGUACGAGGCACUGGUUGCUCUCGGUGUGCGUGAGAACUGGGACCGUGCCAAUGAUGGCGUGUAUCCUAUGGACUUUUAUGCCAAGGAUGGUCUUGGACGGACUCGGCCGGAGCAGGCUGUUCGUAGUACGGCGUAA